UAUCUCUUUAAUUACUGCUCCAAUCCCCUCCUUCUCCGACUAGAUGGAUUUGGAAUUCUUCAUCAAGCAUUCCCUUCUCCCCCACUGAAGAACGAAGACCUCACGACCAGAGAUCAAAGUUAGGUCUUCCAGUGAAGCUCUGUCCAUGAUUGAUUACUUCUCCACUAUGUUGCUGCAUCAAUGGCUUUUACUGAUCUCAAGUUUUCUAGCCUUAAUCCUCGCUCGAAUUUGCUAUGUAAUGUACAAGACUGGCAAACCGCUCUGUAAAACUCUUCAACCUCUUAGCACCCUCAUUAUUAUGGGCUCAGGAGGUCAUACUGCUGAGAUGCUGAAUCUGUUGGCUGUUCUAAACAUAGAUAGAUUUGAACCGAGAUUCUAUAUUGCAGCAGCUACUGACAAUAUGAGUCUUCAAAAGGCUCGAUCUUUUGAGGAUUCUUUAACAAAUAAGGAAGGUAGAAAUUGCCAGUAUGUGCAAAUAUACAGGAGCCGAGAAGUAGGUCAAUCGUACAUAACCUCAAUAGGUACAACGUUGAUUGCAACUGCUCACGCUUUGUGGCUAAUGAUAAAGUUCCGCCCCCAAGUGAUUCUUUGUAAUGGUCCUGGAACUUGCAUACCAUUGUGUGUGAUUGCAUUCUUCUUCAAGGUUGCUGGAAUUAGAUGGUCGUCUAUUUUUUAUAUGGAGAGUAUAGCGAGAGUAAGGAGGCUUUCUUUAAGUGGUUUGCUUCUUUACAAGUUAAGGAUGGCAGAUCAGUUCUUUGUACAAUGGCCUCAACUAAAGAAGGAAUAUCCGCGAUCUCAUUAUGUGGGUUGUCUUAUGUGAUGAUUACAACAAAUACAGGAACUUUAAGGUUUCACUUUGCUUCUUUUUCAUCAGUGUUUCAGAAUUGAGAAAAGAUACGUAAUUUUGUAUACGAUGAGAAUUGUUCGAGCCAGACUCCAGUCGAGUUGGCCUCAUCAUUAAAUUGCCUUAGUUUCUGAUGUUUUACAGUGAACUCUGAGAAAAAAUAUAGUUGUAUUGUAAAUUUGACAAAUGAAUUGUGGUUGAAUUAUUUAUAAUUUUCUGUUAGAAUUUUUGGUUG